AUGUUGUCGCGAGAUUGCAUAGGGUUCGAGAGUAGCGAGACAGCCAAUCGAUUGAAGUCACUGAUUUGGAGGAUGAUGGAAUUGGGGACUUCUCCUAAUCUCGCCGAAUUCUUUCCAAUUCUGAAGAAAUGGGAUCCCCAGGGGCUGAGACGUGAGACGUUUCGUUGUUGCAAUGAGCUCUACUCCGUUUGGCAGCCCUACGUCAAAGAGAGGCGAGAGCGUCGGCAGGGAGAGCGAUAUGGUGCUCAAGACUUCUUGGAUAUUUUCCUGGAAAAUGGACUCGAUGAUGAUCAGAUUGACUGGUUGAGUCUCUUGAUUCGAAACAAGGGAGCGAUGAACAAGCUGCGGGAGGAGCUCAACGCAGAAUUGUCGUCGCCGCUCGAGAGAAAACUGCCGCUCGAUGAAUCUGUAGUUUCUCGACUUCCGUACUUGAAUGCAAUCGUGAAGGAGACAUUGAGGCUACACCCCGCCGGGGCCGCUCAUGCUGCCGCACCGCGCAUCGGAGACUUGCGAGUGUUGGAGGACGAUCCAACGUCGUUCAAGCCGGAGAGGUUUAUUGGGUCGAAGGUGGAUUUUAGAGGGCAUGAUUUCGAGUUUCUGUCAUUUGGUGCUGGGAGGAGGAUGUGUCCCGGAGUGCCGUUGGCCACCAGACAGAUUUCAUUGAUAUUGGCUGCUAUCGUUCGGAACUUCGAUUGGUGCCUCCCCGAUGGAAAAGAUCCAGCAGAAUUGGGUAUGAAUGAGAAGUUUGGGUUCACGUUGCAAAAGGAACAACCUCUGCUUCUUGUUCCCAACCGGUGUUCAUUAUGA